AUGUUUGCUGUGGGCCUGGAUGAAUUCAGGGGGACUAUUCCCCAGAGAUCUGGGCUGAGAGAAGUCCCUGAACAUUUAAGGGAGCAAGUGGAGAACCUGGACCAGCUGGUAGAGCAGCAAGGUACCAGGCCAGUUGCAGUGACCAGCGAGAACUGCCAGUCGUCUGGGUGGGGCCUCAGAUUGGGGUAAGGUCCCUUCCCUGGUCAGAGAGUUCACAGUUGUGAUACAUGUGAGGUCAGUUUUGAACAAAGGUCCUAUCUCAGUGAGCACAAGCUUGCAAAUAGAUUAAGAAAACCAAAUAUAGUUCAUGAUUCUGAAGAAAUCGUCAGUGCAAAUGGAGUUGUUAAAGAAGACCAGAACGUUCUUACUGUGGUUACUAUCACACACCAGUGCAGAGAAUGUGGGAAGACAUUUAAUCAGAGACAGAACCUCAUGAAACAUCAGAGGAUUCACAGUGGGGAGAAUCCAUGCCAGUGUGGUGAGUGUGGAAAACACUUCAGUGCUACUCUUAUUUAUCAUCAGAGAACCCACACUGGAGAAAAACCCUGUAAGUGCAAUGACUGUGGGAAAGCCUUCAGCGACAGCUCAAUCCUUAAUCGACAUCGAUGGAUUCACACUGGCGAGAAGUCCUACCAGUGUGGUGAGUGUGAGAAACACUUCAGUGCCUACUCUGCUCUUAUUUACCAUCAGAGGGUCCACACUGGAGAGAAACUCUAUAAGUGCAAUGACUGUGGGAAAGCCUUCAGUGAUAGGUCAAUCCUUAUUCGACAUCAUCGUACUCACAAUGGAGAGAAGGCAUUUGAGUAUAAAGAAUGUGGCAAAGGCUUUACCCAAAGUUCUAACCUUAUCCAGCAUCAAAGAAUUCACACUGGAGAGAAACCCUAUAAAUGUAAUGAGUGUGAGAAAGCCUUCAUCCAAAAGACCAAAGUUGUUGAACAUCAGAGAAGCCACAUAGGAGAAAAACCCUAUGAAUGUAGUGACUGUGGGAACGUCUUCAGCCAGAGCAUACACAUCCAGCAUCAGAGGAUCUACACUGGAGAAAAGCCCUACAAGUGCUGUGAGUGUGGAAGAGCCUUCCCUAACAGCUCCAGACUGAUCCACCACCAGAGGUCACACCAUGGGGAAAAGCCAUAUAAAUGCCACAACUGCAAGAAGUCCUUUAGCCAGGGCACGUACCUCAUCCAACACCAGUGGGUCCACAUUGGGGAGAAGGCCUACAAGUGUGGUGAGUGUGGGAGGGCCUUUUGGCACAGUUCCAACAUGUGCUACCAUCAGAGACCUCACCUCUGGGAGUCCUCUAGUGCUGGCAGUAGAGGGCCCUGGAGUCCUUCCUCCACACUCCAUUCUUGUCACAGAGUGAAAGGACAUUUCUGGCUAACUGAAAAUAACAAAUUUAAACCAAAAGCACGUUAACUACUUUAGAGAGACUGAGAAAGGUGAGCAAAAAGGAGAAGCUCCCACUUAGAACCUGUAGGUGCUGACUGGGUAGUUUUCAGAUGCACCAUGUGUUGUUAGCUCCUGGCACCUCAGCACCUGGGUGCACUGCAGUAGCUGUUUCCUCAUACUGUAAAGUACAUACUGGAGGGAAUAACACAUAAGAUUUUUAAUGUGCUGUGCAUUUUUUUUAAGGAUUAAUUUAUGCACAGAA